CUAAAACGAAGAAAUAUUUUGGCUAUAUUCACAUAUGGCAAACUUUCUUUCGAGGAAGCCGCAUACCAUUAAUAUAAUUAAACAUAAGCAUGCCGACACGAAUUUGUCUCUUGGCACUAAUUGGUUUGCCUGCUAGUGGCAAAACGAUGUUCAGUAAAUGGCUUUUGGAAUUACCACAAACAGCUUUCAAUGUUAUACACAUUUGUUAUGAUGACCAUUUUCCACAGCCAACAAAUGAAACCUCAUCGGAAACCAAAUUUGAAUUUAAAAAAGAGCGUACCCAAAUCUUUUCAAUUAUAAGUGAACUUAUUGAUGCAUUAAAAAACACCACCAGAUUCCCAAACCAUCUUAACACAACAGUGAAAUCAUCUCUACAUGCUGACUGCUAUGACUUUUUGAUCAUUUGUGAUGACAAUAAUUACUAUCGUAGUAUGCGAUAUAAAUUGUAUCAGUUAUGCAAGCAAACAGAGUGUGCUUAUGCGCAAAUUUAUUUCGAAGGCCACUUGGAAAUGGCGUUGCAACGAAAUAGUGAACGCCCUGCUGUGGAGCGAGUGGCCCAAAAAACCAUUCAACAAAUGGCAAAGCGACUGGAGGCACCAGAUUCUGCAACGCAAAGGUGGGAAUCAAACACCGUUAUUUUGAAUGAAUACACGUACAAAGAUUGCAGCGCAAUGAAAAUUAAAAUUUUGGAAUUUCUUGGUAAAACGUUUAAAAAUACGCUACGCCCAUCUCCGGUACAAGAGAAAGCAAAAAAUGUGCAGUCACUCGUGCAUCAGCUUGAUCUGCUAUUGCGACGACGGGUUGCUGAAAUACUGCACACGGAGCAUGCUCAUACAUUAGAGAGACAAGAAAGGGCUAGGAAUUUAAAUACUAAACGCAAAGACAUUCUGCAAAACUUUAAAACAAUAGCCGAAGAGGGAAUGAGAGUCGAUGAGUUGAAUGAAUAUGCCAAUUUGCUUCAUUAAUAUGUAUAUCGUCCCUUAGUAUUAAAAUAGCCUAUACAUUUUUUGAUGUUUUGAGAAAAUGAAUUUCAAACUUUUUGUCGAAAGUAGCUUUCACUCAAAUCUCGUUAUGUCUCUAAAUAUUUAUUAUUUUUGACUGACGUUUUGACCCACUUUGUGGAACUAGAAUUUGACAAAAUUUUGACCACAUAUAAAAUCGACGAUGGAGAAUCCAAAAAUUCAAUAAAAAAAUAAUAGCCUAUGAGCACAUAGGCUAUUGUUAUACUAAGGGGACGAUAUGUAUAUUUAUUUACAUAUGUAAUUAUAAGAGACAUGUAGUUAUGUAAUAUCUUUAGCCAAAUUAUAAACAUUAAUUGAUUUAACUGCGAAUACAAAACGCUCAAACUUA